GGAUAGAUACAAACUAAACUAACACUCCCAUUUCAUUUCAAUUCAACCCUUCUCUUUCUCUCUCCUCUCUCCGCAACGCCAAAACCCUAAAAAGACUGUUUACCCACACCAAUUUCGAUGGAUGACGACGGGUUAAAUAUGCGAAAUUGGGGCUAUUACGAACCCCCUUCGUUUAAGGAACAUCUUGGUCUGCAAUUAAUGUCUCCGAUGGGAGACCAUAGGGACCCGAAACCGUUCCAAACUUUACGAGAAAGUCCAGUUAUGGUUAACCCGAAUGUGUCAACUUACCACCACCCACACACGCGUGUGGUUUCCGACCCACCUAUGCCCAUGAACUACGGUUGGAUACAAAGAGAAAGACUCCUUCAUAUGCUACCCGGAAACACUAACUUUUCGGUUCUUCCCAACACUUCAACCUCCCAUGGGAUUCACAUGGUACCGCCACCGCUUGAUUUGUCGAAGGAUCCUGUAAUGAAUAUGGCUGUAGAAAACAAUGUAGUUGUCGGUAAAGAUAGUGGCGGUGUAGGUGACGAGAGUGUGACCGGAAACAACGGUGGAAACGGUAGUUCUAUGAAAAAACGAGGAACGACAACCGCCGUGAAAAUCCCCGGAGAAAAGAAAUCGAAGAAACCGAAAAAGACCCCUUCGACACCUAAAGAAAAUGGGAACUCGUCUGGCCACCGUGCGAAAACAAUCAAACGAAAUGUCGAUGUGGUGAUUAACGGGAUCGAUAUGGACAUUUCCGGAAUCCCGAUACCUGUUUGCACAUGUACCGGAGCUCCACAGCAGUGUUACCGAUGGGGGUUGGGGGGUUGGCAGUCGGCAUGCUGCACCACCACGAUAUCAAUGUACCCGCUUCCGAUGAGUACCAAACGCCGCGGUGCGAGAAUUGCGGGGAGGAAGAUGAGUCAAGGUGCGUUUAAGAAGGUUUUAGAGAAACUAGCGUCUGAAGGUUACAAUUUCUCGGAUGCAAUCGAUCUUAGAACUUAUUGGGCGAAACAUGGCACCAACAAGUUUGUUACCAUCAGGUAGAUUUAAGAAAAUGCGGUGUUGGUUUAUGGUUCGUUGUAACUUGUAUAUAUGUCUUGGGCCCUUUUAUGAGGUUUACUGUUACCUUUUUUUCGAGCUUUCGACAUUUUAGAGGUGACCCGAGCCUUUUACUUCAAUAUUUAUUUCUGUUCAUGCAAAAAGGGCAACCAAAGCCUUGGUGAAAUUUAACGGUAGAUUUAUCGUAUUUAUGAACUCUGUUUUUCUUUG